AUGGAGCGUGAGGAGGCGCGCGAGCGUCGGGAGGGAGAAGCCCCGGUUUUUGUGGAAGCUGGAGGCGGCGGAGAGAGCGAGGAGACGCCGCGCGAGGAAAGGGGAGCAAGCGAAGCUGCAUGCGACGAAGAGGCAUGGAGAGAGAGACAGGCCGUGACGGCAGGGAGGAUUUUCCACAGUCCUCGCUCCGGGGCGGUGUACCAGGUCGACAGAGUCAUUGGCACUGGGAGCGCCGCGACUGUUUAUUUGUGUCGGAAAAUUGGACAACGUUCCAAGCCUCAUGGGCGCGAAGCCGAGGAGGGAGACGCGCCUUCUGCGGAGCCGACGCAACCCCACACAAGGCGGCAGGCGCCUGUCUCCUCGGAGACACCUGGCCGCGCCGCCGCGCCGGGUGAUGGCGAGGAAGGCCGCGCGGAAUGCUCGCGCCUGCAAGGCAGCCGGGAGGCGACAGACCGCAGCGGCGCGGAGGGACCGCAGGAGAGAGGCGGCAGUUCAGAAGAAGAGCGAGAGAAAAAGGACCUCUUCGCUGUCAAAGUCAUUGAUCUUCGGGCCAUCAGACUGUGCAGCGACUUCGCACGAGAGAUGCAAAAGGUGCACAGAGAGGUUCGGAUUCUCCAGCAACUUCGACACCCGUGCAUUGCGAAUUUGGAGGACGUUGUGCAAGAAGAAGAUCUGCUUUUUCUCGUCAUGGAAUAUGUCAAAGGCGGGGAACUGUUCUACCGCGUAGUCGAAAAAGGCUGCUUCUCAGAGCCGCAGGCCUGCUACAUCAUGCACCAGCUCGUGCAUGCAUGCAUCUACAUGCAUGAAAAACGCAUUCUUCACAGAGACUUGAAGCCGGAGAAUAUUUUGGUUGACCGCGUUCUGGACGGCGACUUUUUUGCGGUGAAGGUGGCGGACUUUGGCCUCGCGAAAAUUCUCACGCGAAACUCGCUGGCACACACACUCGUCGGCACUCCCCAGUACUGGGCUCCCGAGGUCCUUGCAUGCAAUCCAGGUCCGCCAGGAACGCCGCCCGGUCGCCAGCACUACGGCGCCGCAGCGGAUCUCUGGAGUCUGGGAGUCUGUCUGUACGUCAUGCUCGGAGGCAGUUAUCCCUUCGACGAAAGAAUUGCUCCACUCCACACUUUGAUUCUCAAAGGCCAGUUCCACUUCCGCCACCCGCGGUUCCAACGCGUCUCUGAAAGCGCGAAAGAUCUCGUGCGCCGCCUCCUCACUGUGGAGACGUCUCGCCGCAUCACGGAAAAGGAGAUUCUCAGACAUCCUUGGAUGCUUCGGUGGCUUAACCCCGUAGACAUCCGCCAGUGGCUUCCCCCAGGAGCGUCUCUAACAAAUUCGCCUUUCCAAGUGAUGCCUCCUUUGCCGCGUCUCCCCGUCCGCGAGGCCGUCGCUUCGGUCUCUUCCGUCUCUGCGUUCAACAGUUGUCGGCCGCCGCAAAAUAAAGACGGCGGCGAGGAGACACAGGAGAAGGAGACACUUGCGGAGGAGACAGCUGCGCCGCACGGUUCCUGUUCAGAGCAGGAUGUGAGUCUCCAUGUGAGCGUGGAGAGCGUCGCAGAUGAGCAGCGCGAUCCCGAAGAAGCCGCCGGAAGUCAGCGAGGCUCUGAGGCAGGCGCGAGAGCAGCCGGGGAGAGACGGCGCGUCGCGUCGCCAGCCUCGGACUCCGACGCGCCGACGCAAGCUGGCGUGUCUAGACACCAGAGCGGCGAUCCUGCAGACGAGAGUUGUUGCGCGUCGUCGCGUCUCUCGGACCGUGAAAGCGAACCGAGCAGACUGUCGAGUUCUGUAGACAACUUCAGCGAGAGGAAAAGCGAAUCCGCGGCGAACAUGCCGCUUACGUCAUCUCCGAAAACGGCGUCGUUCUCCUCGAAGGCGCCCUCCUGCACCGCGGCCGCUUCGUCGCGCGUCGCUGCACCUGUGCCAGUUUCUGUGCUCCACGCGCGAGGGCAGGCGAUCUCCCCAGACGCGACCGAGAGAGGCUCUGGCUCCGGCGGUCCCCGCUUUCUUCUCCCUCCCUUCGAGUUGCCGCUUCUGCUUCCCCUGCAGCUUCAGACUCUCCUGCUUCUUCACCUGCUGCUCCUCGCCCUCCGCCCAGCUCCCGCGCUGCAUGCCCUGCUGCAGCAGCUCCUGCACUCGGUGCUAGUGCUUCAGGCGAAAGUCCGCAAGUGUGUCGAGUUCGUCGAGUGUACGUCCACCUCAGCUCUGGAGAUGCUCGAGGAAGUCCUCGCACUCCACGAGGCGCCGGGGACGCUUACACCUGCUCUGCACCCCGGCGCCGCCACCGAAGGAGACAGCGCAUGCAGUCGAUUCGAGGGUGAGAAGCGUCGCAGACAAAACGCGUUUCCGGGAGACCAGAGGCGGCGUCUGGGCGCGGCUGCGGACCCAGGCUCCGACGAAGCGAGAGCGAAGCGCGAGGCGUUUGACGAGUUGUUUGCAUGCAUCGGCGUCUGGGUGGAAGACAUGCGGAGACAGGGCGACGCGUGUGGUAGGCGGUACGCCGCAGUCGAGGCUCAAGUGAGGCGGCUUGUCGACGGCCUCGCAACUCUGAAGCGCCAGGAAGAAACGAAGGGACUGCGGUCUCUCUCCGCGUCGACAAUGCAAGGCGCCCAGAGAGAAGACGCAGAGUUGAGAGAGAGACACCGAGUUCUCCGGAAAAGAGAAGGAGAGACGCGGCGCGUCUCUUCGUCCACGGAGCCUGGCAGAGGAGACCGUGGACCGGGCGCUGAGUCUGUGCGCGUUGAGGUCCCUCGAGGGCAUGAGGAGAAGAAGCUCUUGGGGCGGCUGGAGAAAGCAGAGAACUCCGCGAAAGUCGAGGCAGUCACUGAAGACGAAGAGGAGAGAGAGGAACACGAAGACGAGGAAAGAAGGAGGCUUCCUCAAGCGUCGGCGCAAUCCUUAGAGCGCGACGACGCACUCGCGCCCUGGCCCCUGCGAGUCGGGAAACGCACAGACGCUGGGGUGUACGGACACCCGAUGGACCGCCUCCGAAGGCACCUCGAACGUCAGUUGAAGACUCUGGUUGAAAACAGUUUUCUCGACGACGCCAGUGCACCUGCGCCCUCCACAUCGACCGCUGAAGGAAGAUCCCGAGGUGGGUGUGAAGAAAAAGAGCGAGAGAGAGAAGGCGGCCGAGCGCAUGCGCCGACUUCUUUCGCCGCUUUCGACUGGCCGUCUGGCGCCGCCUGGCCGCUUGGACCCUGUGCCGACGCGUCGGCGUUGACGAACGAGAUUUUGGACUUUCUGUUUCUCUCUUCGGAUAUCGCGACGACGCAUGCAAAGCUGGUCUCUUCUCAGCAACGCGACCUCGCGCAGCUCCGAGCGCCGCACCGCGAGUCGCUCCACAGCGCAGGCGGAUUGCGCGCGUCGAAGGCGCGACACUCAGUGGAAAGUCAGACGAAAUCAGAGAAGCCCUGGACGCAGACAGAGUCGCUCCGCGGUGUCGAUGAAGACGAGACAGAUCGAGCCGAGGCUGCGCGUGGACGGCAGGCAUCCGUCGAGACCCGGUUCGGAGACCAGCUGGGGGAAGACGGCGAGGACGACGAACUGUUGCCAGUGACGAAAGCGUUCCUUUCCACAGCAGACGAAGGCGAAGGUAGUCGAGCCUGGACGAGCGCGAACGGAGCUUUGGAUCUCUCGUCGCUGGCGGCUGCGUCUUUGUCGGAACCUGCCUCUCGACUCUGGCCUUUGUUUGCAUGUAUCCGUGAAGAGAACGCCGAGGGUGAAGCUGUCUUUCCUCGUGUGCCAGUCGCGGCCAAGCGGACGGAGGCGCGCGUCUCCUCGGCCGCGGCUGAACCUCCCAGAAGCGACAUUUCUGAAGCGCAUAUCAACGGAACGACGGCGCAGUCCCCGAGAAGCGAACCUUCGUCUGUGGGGAACGUCCUCACGCCUCACUCCCCUUCUUCUCCGUCUUCGCCGUCUGGCGGGGAGACUGCUCCUCAGACUCCGCGAGGCGGUGUCUCUUUUGAAGAAGAGAUGUUUAUCUUCAAGUUGUUGACGAAGAGCUUGGACGGCCUGCGCCGUGUCGACUACCUUCUCUCCUGCAUUUGCUCUUUCUGGGAUGCGUUCGACGUCGCGCUGACGCGUCUCCUGCAAAUGCAGCAAUUGCCGCAGACGCUGCUCGGCGUCCACCAGGCGGUCUUUCAAAGACGCGCGCGCGAACGCCUCCGCGUGUACGUUGCCGCUUGGGAGAAGAUGCAGGCCCAGUGCCGGGUGUACGUCCACCUGGCGAAGCGCCGCGAGGAGAAGCUCGCUGCGUUUGGGCUCCAGAUCCAGAGCACUGCAGACCAAGUUGAUGCGAUUCGCGCGCUUUCCUGAGGCGAGAAGAAACGCGCAAGCGACACAAAGAGUCUUCAUCGUCUGUCGCGA